GGUGCAUGUAGUUCAAAAAUAGCUCCUGCGAGUGUCCCACAGAUAAGCAGAGUGUCGCGCUGCACCUCCUCCCACCAUGUGCCUCCUGUAAGGAUCCACAGGCCGUUUGGUCGGCGCCUUUCGGACAGGAUGCAGCCCCUUCCUGAUGAGUUCAUGGAAUUCCAUCCGGUACACGGAUCCAACGUCAGACUGGACUUCUCGGGCACGCAGGCCACCCGCGUGGAGAGCUUCGCAAACGGAGUGUGUUUCAGCAAACGGCCGCUGAAGCCCGGGGAGAUUUUUCUCAUAGAGAUCGAGGACAAGGAGCUGGGCUGGUGCGGCCACCUCCGGGUGGGCCUGACCGCCAGGGACCCCGGGAGCUUGGACGCGGUACCCGAGUACUCCAUCCCGGACCUGACGGACUCGGGGGACAGCUGGGUGUUCGCCAUCACUCGCAACCACAACAAGAUCGCGGAGGACCCUGUGGAGGCGGCGGACGGAGGAGCCGCCGGGGGCCACAGGCUCGGACGAGGGGAGGCCGGCGAAGGGGACGGAGGGGCAGACAACAGCAAACCGAAGACUUUCUUCACCGACUCUCACCUGGACAUCGACGAUGUUCGGAUCCCCUUGGACAAGCUGGUCGGACGGAGCAGGCCGGGCCGCUACAGCCACAUUUUGGACGACUUGUACAAGACCAACGCCUUGCCCCCUACGGCCAGACGCAGCCGGAUAGGAGUGCUGUACGUGGCCAAAGGGCGAGACCUGGCCGACAUGCACAUUGUGAUCAAUGGGGAGGACAUGGGAGCUUCCGCAAAGGGGAUUCCCUCCGUGCAGCCUCUCCACGCCGUGGUGGACGUCUUCGCCGCGACCAAGUGCGUCCGGAUUGUCCAGGUGGAGUACGGAUUCUCGUCCCUGCAGACGUUGUGCAGGAAAUCCAUCCAGAAGCACAUCGUCCACAGGAUGGCCAUCGACUGGCUGGAGCUGCCCGAGGCCCUGAAGCACUACUGCAACUCGUCACUCUGGUAUUGAUCACGUCUACGUCUGCGUGUGCAUCUUCAGGGAGAACGUUGUCCUGGAGACGACCACUGUAGCAGAAAAAUACUACAGGUGG